AUGGCGCGCGUGGGCUUUGUGGGACUUGGAAUCAUGGGGGUGGGAAUGGCAGGGAACCUGAAGAAGAAGGGACACGACUUGGUGGUCUGGAACAGAACGAAAGAGAAGUGCCAGGCUCUCGAGAAAGAAGGAGCCAAGGUUGCUGAUACUCCAGCGGAUGUUGUCAAGGAGUGCGAUAUUGUAUUCGCAUGUUUGGCCGAUCCUGACAUCGCCAUGGACGUUGUCUUCCGAGAUGACGGGAUUCUGAAGGUAUGUCCCGGGAAGGCGUAUGUAGACUGCAGCACUGUGGAUGAAGAAUGCUCGAACAAGAUUGGAGAUGCCAUCACCGCAGCUGGUGGUCGUUUCCUCGAAGCUCCGGUAUCGGGGAGCAAGAAACCCGCAGAAGACGGCACUUUGAUCUUCCUGACUGCAGGGGACGAAAGUCUCUACAAGGAUUCUCAGCCAUACCUCGAGGCCAUGGGCAAGAAGCACCGAUACCUGGGGAAGACUGGAGGUGGCGCUAGGAUGAAGCUUGUAGUGAACAUGAUCAUGGGAAGCAUGAUGAACGCAUUUGCGGAGGGAAUGACUCUGGCAGAGAGCUCUGAUCUUGACCUCUCGGCUCUCCUGGAAGUUCUGGAUGCUGGAGCCAUGUCAAACCCCAUGUUCAGGCUCAAGGGGCCGAGCAUGGCGAAAGGAGAGUACCCUCCAGCUUUUCCUCUGAAGCACCAACAGAAGGACAUGCGGCUUGCGCUCGCUCUCGGCGACAAGCUCGAAGUCCCUAUGCCGGUUGCCGCGGCUGCCAACGAGUCGUUCAAGCGCGCUCGUAUGGAAGGCAAGGGAGACUUGGAUUUCAGCGCAGUGCACGGUAGUCUGCGCAAGGCCAAGUGA